UUGGGCAGCGGCGGCCGCGCCCCUCCCCCGCGCGGCGCUCAGUGCCAGGCGGGAGGCGGCAGCGUUUGGAAGCUUCGCGGGGCUUUGCAGCUGGGACUUUGGCGGCGCCUCAGGCACCCGGGCUCUGACACGAUGCGGCGAGUAGUGCGGCAGAGCAAGUUCCGGCACGUCUUUGGACAGGCGGUGAAGAACGACCAGUGCUAUGAUGACAUCCGUGUCUCCCGAGUCACCUGGGACAGUUCCUUUUGUGCCGUUAACCCCAGAUUCGUGGCCAUCAUCGUAGAAGCGAGUGGGGGAGGGGCCUUCCUGGUGCUCCCUCUGCACAAGACGGGGCGAAUUGACAAAUCCUACCCUACAGUGUGUGGCCACACAGGACCAGUGCUGGACAUAGACUGGUGUCCACAUAAUGAUCAGGUCAUUGCCAGCGGCUCAGAGGACUGCACUGUUAUGGUUUGGCAGAUCCCGGAAAAUGGACUGACCCUUUCCCUGACUGAACCUGUGGUGAUUUUAGAAGGUCACUCAAAAAGAGUUGGCAUCGUGGCCUGGCACCCAACCGCCCGCAAUGUGCUUCUCAGUGCAGGCUGUGAUAAUGCCAUUAUCAUCUGGAACGUGGGGACAGGAGAAGCCCUCAUCAACUUGGAUGAUAUGCAUUCAGACAUGAUCUACAACGUGAGCUGGAGUCGCAACGGUAGUCUCAUCUGCACAGCAUCCAAAGACAAGAAAGUGAGGGUCAUCGAUCCCAGGAAACAGGAGAUUGUGGCGGAGAAGGAAAAAGCACACGAAGGAGCCAGGCCUAUGCGCGCUAUCUUCCUGGCUGACGGCAAUGUCUUCACUACUGGCUUUAGCCGCAUGAGCGAGCGGCAGUUGGCACUCUGGAACCCAAAAAACAUGCAGGAACCAAUUGCUCUCCAUGAAAUGGACACUAGCAAUGGGGUCCUGCUCCCCUUCUAUGACCCAGACACCAGCAUCAUCUACUUAUGUGGAAAGGGUGACAGCAGUAUCCGCUAUUUUGAAAUCACGGAUGAAUCCCCGUAUGUCCACUACCUCAACACAUUCAGCAGCAAGGAGCCUCAGCGAGGGAUGGGCUACAUGCCCAAGCGGGGACUUGAUGUCAACAAGUGUGAGAUUGCCAGAUUCUUCAAGCUUCAUGAGAGAAAGUGUGAGCCUAUUAUCAUGACGGUCCCCAGGAAGUCUGACCUCUUCCAAGACGACCUGUACCCUGACACAGCGGGGCCAGAAGCUGCACUUGAGGCUGAGGAGUGGUUUGAGGGGAAGAACGCAGACCCUAUCCUCAUCUCCUUGAAGCACGGGUACAUUCCUGGCAAGAACAGGGAUCUCAAGGUGGUCAAGAAGAACAUCCUGGACAGCAAGCCUGCGGCAAACAAGAAGAGUGAUCUCAUCUGCGCCCCCAAGAAGACCACAGACACAGCCAGCAUGCAAAAUGAAGCCAAGUUGGAUGAGAUUCUGAAAGAGAUCAAAUCCAUAAAGGACACGAUCUGCAGUCAAGACGAGCGCAUUUCCAAGUUGGAGCAGCAGCUGGCGAAGAUGGCUGUCUGAGGCCCGCCCACCUCCUCGGAUGGCAGCUGCUCAUUGGUGUGCUCCCAGGGAGGGCAGAGAGGGAGACCCUGCCAUUUGGAGACAUUCCAUGUCAGAUCUGUCAGCCAGUGAUAGGCCACAUUCCAGUAAGAACUCAGUUCCUCUCCCAAAUUUUUGAAAACAGGACAGCUGAGCUUUUUAUCAGGGAGCUUCUGAUGUUUGACGGGUCUGGUGACUUGUUGAACUUUCCUACAUUUGAAAUGCCAGAUAUUCUGAAUUUUAGAAAACAAGCCCCC